UUUUUUUUUUCGUUUAAACAGUCACAAUUAAUUUAAUAAAAAUCUGUUGUCAGUCCACAGAGAAAGCAAAAUGCUUAAAAAAUGUUCACGCGCGGUAACAAGAUUUGUCAAUGAGUUUCCUUUUUUUUUCGCCUUUUAGAACUGAAUUAUUCUGCUUAGCACAUGAAGCUAGCGUUCAGCUGGUAAUAAAUACAAGGAAGUGUUUCCAAACUUUAUUUCCAUGAGACUCAAAGUCCAGAUGACAGAGUCUUGACACGCCUGUAUUCUUCUCCGUCAGUGGGAAUUUGUCAGUGGAAGUAUAGCUAUGCACUGCUGACAACUGUUGUUUCUGGAUCGUGCUGUUGGUCUUUUUGUUUGUUUUCUUUGAAAUCCAUGUUGAUAGUACCUGUUUUCUGAUGGAGCUGGGAGAACUCAACCAUCAAGUCUAUACAGACUAUCCUAGUACUUACAAUUCCCAGCAUUCACUGAGGUUGCGGACAGUUCCAGCCCAAGACAUGAAUGCGGUUCAGUUUGAUUGGGCCUCCCAACCUGAAGAUGCUGAAGACAAUGACGAACCUCGAAAUCUCCGUGAGCUGCCGCUGCACAUGGGGCUGAAGAAAGCAGUAAGGCAGGUGCAACAGAUGAGAGUUCCAGUUGUUUCUAGCUCUUGGAAGAUCAGACAAUCACAGACAUUUCGCCGUUUUUGUGAGAUAGCCAAAUACAUUCUCAGCUGUUUUGUUCUGUGGAAGAAGGGAAUCCAAAAGAUAGGAGGUCACUUUGGUGGAGGAGUCCAAUCCUACUUCUUGUUCCUGAGAUUUCUUGUGAUUCUCAACUUCCUGUCUUCCUUGUUAAUCGCAGCAUUUGUCCUCAUUCCUAGCAUUGUAUUUCGCUCCUUAAAUUUCAACUCCACCAUCGCUCUCACCGUCAAUCUAACCGAUGUGGAGACAUGCUUGCAGUAUGAACCACGACCUGAUGCCCUUAUGGUGUUUUACACAUACUUUCUUGAUCUGGUCUCAGGAACGGGUUUUAUGGAAUAUUCAUACCUGUUCUAUGGCUUUUAUAAUAAUUCACUGAUUCAGGAUAAUGGCUUCUCUUACAACAUCCCUCUGGCCUAUCUGUUGACGGCAGCCUUCUACUUUCUCUUCUGCCUGAUUUGUAUGAUUAUAAGAAUGGGCAGCACUGCUCGUCUUGUUGUAGUGACGGGUAGUGGAGCAACAGGAGGUUACAGUAUGCAGGUGUUUACAGGAUGGGAUCACGGCCUCCAAGGAGACCGUGCAACAAAACUUAAACAUAACAAUCUUCGCCACCAAUUGAAGGUGGAUCUAGAAGAGGAAAGGAUUAAUAAAAAGGCUGCCUCCCUGACUUUGGGCCAAACAGUCUCUCUCUACGCACUCCGUGUUUUCCUUAGCCUAGUAGUCUUAGUACUCAUCGGUGCAACUUUCUAUGGCAUUGCACAGGCAACUCAAUUCAGCCAGUCUAGGGAAAUAUCAGGUUUUGAGGGUCUACUGUUGCAGUACUUACCCUCCAUGGUUAUAACAGCGAGCAAUUUUGUGGUGCCGUUACUGUGUGACAAGAUUGCAUUACUGGAAAAGUAUUCUCCUAGUACCACUGUCAUCCUGGCCUUGUUGAGGGCGGUAUUCCUGCGUUUGGUGAGUUUGGGAGUUUUGCUGUACGCUCUAUGGGAGCAGAUUACCUGUGAGGGAAAAACCGACAGUGGAAACUGCAAACCCUGUAAUUAUAAUUACGACCAAUACAAGUGCUGGGAGACGCGAGUUGGACAGGAAAUGUAUAAACUGACUCUUUUUGACUUCCUGAUUACCGUCGCUACACUAAUCCUGGUAGAAUUCCCACGCAGGAUUGUGGUUGAUCAUUGCUCGUGUAAACUGUCUCAGUGGGUGGGUCGACAGGAGUUUCUGGUUCCCCCAAAUGUUCUUGCUCUAGUUUACAGUCAAACAGUGGUUUGGACUGGAGCUCUUUUCUGUCCAUUGCUGCCGAUCAUCAACACGGUCAAAUUCAUCAUCUUUUAUUACUGCAAAAAGAUAACUCUUUUCCAGAACUGUCAACCGACAACAAAAAACUUCCGAUCCACCACCUCCAAUUUCUUCUUCCUGUUGGUUCUGCUCUUUGGAUGGAUGUUGUCCAGUGUGGUUCUCCUUUACAGUGUGGCUAAGAUCCAUCCAUCCUACAGCUGUGGGCCUUUCCGCUUUUAUCCAGCAAUGUGGGAAGUUGUACCAGAUGCUAUCAAAUUGCUAAGCAGCACCAGUAAAGAAUUCCUGUUUUUUAUUGGCUCCCAGAAAUUCUCUAUUCCACUCUUCAUCUUGUCCUGUGUGAUCCUGUGCUAUGUGAGUGCUUUAAUGUCUGUCUACGGGAAAAGUGUAACACUGCUGAAAUCUCAGUGUAAACUGGAACAGCGUGACAAGCAGUUCCUAGUCAGACAAAUUGAAGAGCUGAAUGCCACAAUGCAGAAGGAACAACAUGAACCACAGCAGCCCCAAAGAGAGCCUGAGCCCUUCUACCACACAUCACCAACGUGGAAUCAACAUUACAAUUAUGGAUUUGAUCCCGAUGAAGACCCAAGACCAUAUUAAGACUUUAUAAAGUGAAGAUUAUACUAGAAUUCAGCAAUUUGUGUAUUUCUUCAUAUUACAGAAAUAUAACCAAUGAUAUUUUUACUACCAUUCAAAAAUUUGGGGUCAGUUAGAGUUCUUUUUUUUGGAAGAAAUUAAUAUUUUUAUUCGGCAAGGAUGCAUUAAUUUGAUUAAAAGUGACAGUAAAGUAUAAUUUUACAAAUGACUUCUUUGAAAUUGUAAUCAUAUUUUACAACAUUACUGUUUUACUGUAUAUUUAAUCAAAUUAAUGCAGCUGUGGUGACCAUAAGAGCGGCUGACCCCAAACCUUUGAACAGACUGUAAUGUAUAUAUGCUCAUAUAUAGGUUAAUUUAUCAAAUAUAUCCAUGUGUAUUAGCUAGUGUACUUAUUUUUUUACUUUAUAUUAAAUACUUGACUCAAAACUAAACUUGAGUGACACAUAAUGUACUCUAUGCACAGUGUAUGUGUACUCUAUGCACAGUGUCCCAGGCUUUAAUAUGCUGCAUCAUUACUUAAGCAUAAAGUCAUAAUUAUUUAUUUAGUCAAGUCUUUGUAAACCAUGAAAACAUCGCACAAAAAGCUAAAAGACCAUUAAAACUGUUGUUGAGCAUUCUUUAAAACAUUUUUCAAAGAGAAAGAAUUAAAACAUAC